AGUUUUUCCGCCACUUUUAAGUCAGACUGAGCGAUGAGGUGGAGUGGGAUGACGUAAACGUGGAGGUCGUACUGCUGCCUGUGCUGGAGUAGACGCAUGUUCGGUUAGGGACAAGAGCGAAGGAUCUCGGGGAUUUGCACAGAACAGUAUCAGAGGAGGCGAGGCAAUUGCGUGCCCCAUUGACCAUCUUCCGUUCUCCGGUAGCGGUACAUGACAGACUGACUACUGUUUUGGAACAUCAGGUGUAAUUGACUCGGAGGGACGACGGGAGGGGGAGCGGGGCCGAGGGGCGAGGCAAGGACGGGCAGGGCUGCGGCUGCGAGCGAGCGAGCGCGAGAGCGAGAGGAGGAAGAUGGUGCGCUUCCUGCUGCUCAGGGCAUUGAUACUGAAGCAGCAGCAGCAGCAGGAUCAGGACAACAGAGACGGGAGCCCUGCGCCUGCCUUCGGUGGCGAUUGGAUUACUGUAGAAUAAGAUUGUGCCAAAGCGUCUGCGCAUUUUUGCUGGGAAUACUUCGAAUGGGAAACGGUGUGAAGCCUGGCCCCCGUCCCGAGUCGUGGUAGAGUUGUGGAGCUUGGUGUUCGGUGGCCCGGGCGGUGCAGAGCCGUGGCUCGGUGUGGAUUUCGGAAUCUCCCGUGAUCUCCUACCAGGGUUGGAGAGCUGUGAAAUAGUGUCCGCCUUAGCUCGGUGCGGUGAAUGCGCGUGCAUUGUUGGUGGAGCCUGAACAAAAUCCCCCGCAGGGUUUUUAGUGGCUCGGGUUUUUACGAUCUUGGACAUUUGAUAAAUGUGCGUGGACUUAGCUUACUUUGUUCCAGCGUCGUCCAUGGGUUCAUGGUGGAGUGCCGACGGUCCAGGAUUAGGCCUUUCUGUCUCUCCCUCUCUUCGUAGUUGAGGUUUUAUCGAGCUGGACAGCUUUUCGAGUUGCAGCAUCCAUGUCUCUGCAUCGCAAUUAGACGUUCCGCGCUCUCGGUUCAUGACUGGCGUAGUUGUAUCAACUUGAAGUGAAAUCCUUCUGUAUUAGACGACAAAGAACAGUAUGCAGCUCCGACGCAGGAGUAGUCAUGUGAACUACUCCGAAGCCGGCUCUCCUCCGACUCAGCGCACCCGGCGUAGCAAUUCGGCCGUUUCCGACGACAUUGAGGACGCGGGAGUCGAAGGAGCCAGUGACGAUGUUGACGAAGAAAUGUCUGAACCACAGGACAGCAGUGGUGACGAACCUCGUAACUCUCAAAGAAGACGGUUAAGCAAUAGGAAAAGGAAGCGGAGUACCAGCAGGGAUCCUGACAAAGACAAAUCACAUACGAAUACUCUUUUGGUUUACACCAAGCGUAAUGUCAAUAACAACCUUGAUCGGCCUACUAUUCAACACAGCAGUGACGAUGAGAAUGUAGAGGGCGAGGGCGACCACGAUGACUUCGUUACUGUCAAGCCCGGGCGACGAAAGAGGAAGUUGCACUCAGAGCCUCGUACUCGAGAGAUGCGAGCUAGGAGGUCAGAAGUUGUAAAUUACAAGGAUGUCUCCAGUGACGAGGACGAGGAUGUCUCAGAGAUUGGAUCUGGUGGAUCUGCGGAGAGAGCUAAGAGACCCGGUAGAAAGCCUUCUGCAGGUAAUCCACGUCGCACAUCUGAGCCGGAAGAUGGCGAUGUCUCUCCUGAUUUCGCCCAGUUUGCCCACAUAAAGAAGCCCAUCAACGAUGACACGGAGGAGUGUGCUACUCCAUCCGGCGCGUCCGAUGAGUCUCCUGUCAAAGAAGGCGGACCUGACGAUGUUUAUAAAUGCUACACCAGAAGGCUCAAAAACAAGUUCAUUGUUGCUUCGGAUGAGGACGAUGAAGGGGGCGAUGGUGAUCGUUCAAACAAGAAACUGAGAAAUCGCUCUGGAGACAAUCCUGAAGAAUGGGAAGAAAAGAAAAGAAACUCUGUCAAGGCACGGAGAUCGUCGGACAUGGAUGUAGAUUUUCAGGAAGAGACUGAUAGUGGAGCUGCCACGUUCAAAGCUUCCAAGCAUAGCUACGAUGUGGAUAGUUUUGGACUCCGGAUUGAUGACGAGUAUCUCCCCGUCAUCAGAAGGAUUAGCUCGGCGGACAAAGUUGAAAAGGUUCUUGCAGUGCGAAACAGAUCCAUUGGAGAAGCCGUUUACUGUGUUAAACUACUGGGGAAGUGUUACCGUAGUGUGGUGAAUGUCAUGGAAGAGCAGAUGCUGAAACACUGCCCGCAGUUGCUGCGCGGAUUUCUUAAGAAGCUGGACCUGCUGAAGAGAGCGGACGGCCACAUAGGGGAUCACCAGAGCCUUCCUGCAUUCAAUCCUCAGUACCUCAUGGUGGACCGCAUCAUAAGUGUCGAGAGGACAAAUCGUUUCAAAAGAUAUCUAGUUAAGUGGUGCGGUCUACCUUAUUCAGAAGCCACUUGGGAGCGAGAUGAUCAGUUGACUGAUGAUGUGAAUGCAAUCAAGCGAUUCUACGCAGUCAAUAGUAAGAACAAGAAAAUAAGGCCAGCUCCGUCGUCCUCGAAGCUAGUCUUCAAUGACGGUCGUUCUUUGAGAGAUUACCAAGAAGAGGGCGUGGCUUGGCUCGACAACAAGUUUACCAAUGCUGUGAACUGUAUUUUGGCUGAUGAAAUGGGUCUGGGGAAAACCAUUCAGUCUGUGGCUAUGUUGGAGACUCUCCGCCUCAAGCACAGCAUCGAUGGGCCAUACUUGGUCAUAGCCCCUGUGUCCACCCUGGGGCACUGGCAGAGAGAAAUUGAGAGUCUGACGGAUAUGAAUUGCGUUGUUUACACCGGUACUCAGGACGAUCGGGCCAUCAUACGGGAGUAUGAGUUCAAGUACGAGGGCGACAGAAAGUCCUCAAGGAUGAAGUUUAAUGUUCUGCUCACCAGCUUCGAGAUGCUAAUGAAAGAUCAAGCGAAGCUUGGGAAGAUAAAAUGGCAGUACAUUAUUGUGGACGAGGCCCAUAGGCUCAAGUCCAGAGGUUCGAAGACGACCAUCGCCUUACGGCAGAUGAAUGUUCGCAAGGGAGGUCUUGUCCUUCUCACGGGUACUCCUGUUCAAAAUAACACGAAGGAGAUCUUUAGCCUUUUGAACCUGCUUGAUUCCGAGAGGUUCGCCUCCGAGGACGAAUUUCUUGAGAAGUAUGGCGAUCUGAGGAAUGCGGAACAGGUUAAAGAACUGCAAGAGAGCGUUUUGAGACCACGACUCCUACGACGCAUGAAAGAAGAUGUGGAGAAAAGCAUUCCUCAAAAGAAAGAGACGAUUGUGUGGGUAGAGUUGACACGCGAGCAACGAAUUUAUUAUCGUGCUGUGUAUGAGAACAAUGUUGGGACAUUGUUAAAAGGUUCUACAAGCAGCAAUGUGUCAAGUCUUCGAAAUGUGGCAAUGGAGCUGCGGAAAGUCUGUAACCAUCCCUUCUUAUGUGACGGCUUUGAGGAAGACUAUGCAUCCAAGCAUGGUGCAUCUAGGAGGAUGUCUGUCAAGGAUGGGAAGAACGUCAUUUCCACUCAGAAUCCCUUGCAAGAAGCUUCAGGGAAGAUGAUCCUCGUGGAUAAACUUUUGCCAAUGUUGAAGGGCAUGGGCCGGCGUGUGCUAAUAUUUUCGCAGUUCACGAUGAUGCUCGAUCUUCUAGAGGACUAUCUUCUGUCUAAGGCCUAUACUUAUGAGAGGAUAGACGGGAAUAUUCGAGGGUCUGACCGUCAGGCAGCAAUCGAUCGCUAUUCUGCGAAGGAAAGUAACAUUUUCGUGUUUCUACUGAGCACGAGAGCGGGAGGUCUAGGGAUAACCUUAACUGCAGCAGAUACCUGCAUCAUUUACGACUCAGACUGGAAUCCUCAAAACGACUUGCAGGCCAUGGCGCGUUGCCAUAGAAUUGGUCAGACAAAAGAUGUUAGGAUCUAUCGCCUCAUAACGAGAAAUACGUACGAGCAACAGUUGUUCGAAUGCUCGUCCCGCAAAUAUGGCUUAGAUGAGGCUAUACUUGGGAAUCGAGUUGGCGCAGAUGUAGACGUCGAAAUGAAUAGGAAUAUCGAGAGCCUGCUCAAGCAUGGUGCUUAUGACAUCUUGAAGGAUGACUCGGAUGCAGCUGCUGCAGAGUUUAGUGCUCAAAAUAUUCAUGAGAUUUUGGAACAUCGAACGCAGGAACGACUUAUCGGAGGACGUGGUGUGAAUACAUUCUCUGUCGCGACAUUUUUAACGAAUACGGAAGGGGAUCCAGAGCCCGCGGAGGAACUCAAGCCCGAACUGGAGAAAGGAAGCAAAGAAUUUUGGAAAGACUUGUUACCCGAAGCCUGUAAAGCUUCCGAAGUUCCUGUAGAGAAAGUUCAAACGACACCAUCUGGAUCUCGAAGGAAAAGAGCUAGGACGAGGGUGGAUUAUCGGGAAGAUCCUAAGGCGCCAUCAGAUGACGAAACUCCCGACACGGGUGGCAGUUUCAGAGAAUCUCAGAGCGAUGAAUCGUCCGUCUCCGUGGAGUCUGAGGAAGGAGAUGGUGUCGGGGCUUGGUCCGAGCGAGAGUUAAAGCGUCUCGAAGAUAGGCUGAUGGUUCUGGGGAAAGAUCGAACGAUGCAAGUACGGCAGGAAGCACAACUCGAACAUCGACAUCCGUCUCAAGUUGAGCAAGUGUCGGAACACUUGAUUCAGCUGUGCUACUUUAUAGACGCUACCAAAGCCCUACAGGCUCCAAGCCCUUCACAGAAGGGACUCGAAAAGGAUGCGAAGCAACCGAAAGUUGAGGAUACAAACGCGGCUACAAUUCCUGAACAGAUUACUGGAACAAAAGAUGCUGAAUCUGAUGGGGAGCUGGAGAUGUUACCUUUAGACUGUUUGCUAGUGAACGACUUGGAGACGGGGGUUAAUUACCGAAAAGAUGGAUAUAUUUUGAUCGGUGAUACAAGACGACCUGUUGCUCCUGUGUUUGCUCGAAAGGCGUUAAAAUCUCGGAAUUUUACCGAGCGGAUUGCAAAAAAUGCUUCCAGGUACGUCCAAGUUUUACGUGAACGCGAGAUUCUAUCAAAUGCUAUUCAAAAGAACGAUUCGACUUAUCUGCCUCCAAAAGUACCAAUUAGGUCGAAAAAAAUACCCCUCUGGUGGGGACCUCAGGAAGAUCUCGACUUAAUGCUUGGGGUGCAUAAGCAUGGGCAUCGAGAUUACAAGAAAGUCAGAAUGGAUCCUCAAUUUUGCUUCGCAAAGAGAAUGACUCCUACCCAACAAACUUACGAACAAUUCAUUGCAUCCAAGGAAGGUGUGAUAAUGGGGAUGAAUGGAAUGAGUACGCUCCAGUGUGAUCCGAAUCUAGAUGAUGGAGGUCAAGGUGGUGAAUGGCCACCAGAUAUUGUACUGGCUGCAAGGUUGAAGAAGCUAAUCCAACUUCUACCUAGUGGCUUGAGUUCGCGGGAGAAUAAGCAGCGUAGUCAAAAGCCAGAUAAGAAGCGGACAACAGAUACAACAAGUGGAAAUGCAGAAACACGUGCCCGUGUAGCGGUGGGAGCUGACGUGAAGGUGUCUCCUGCUGUCCGUCCUGAAGUAAGUUCGACUGGUGGCCGUGUAGCGAUACAAGCUGUUGAUGAGGUGUCUCCUUCUGCCCCUCCUGCCAUGAAUUCGACUGUUGGGCAGGAUGCACAGGAAACAGACGCCGGGAGACCAUUACAAGUUGUCGGGAAGGAGAAUGAGAUUCCCCCGAAGCCGUCAUCCACACCGUCCACAUCCAAGAAACAAAAUCAAUCCGGAACAGGCAACACCAAACAGCAAAGCAUAAUCGGUUAUUUGUCUUCAAGAGUUGCGGCUGGACAAUGACAUUUCUCAGACCAUCCAGAGCGGCCAUCCAGAUUACAUAUGUUCAUUCACUUUGUCAUCAACUUCAUUCAUUUCAUGCGCACAUGAUUGUACAUAAAGAGAUCGGUCUUUCCUUCUGAAGUCAGCGAUCUGUCAGGAGAGUGGGAGCACAUUGUAGUUCGUGGUAUCCAUUGGUAGGAAGAUUCACGCAGUCCACUGGAAUGGAAAAGAAGUACCGUUUUUUUCUUCAUUCUGUAAAGUUGUGGCACUUAGGGAAUUCCAGUAGGUGAGCAUUCAAUUUUGUAGAUAAAGUUGGCAGAGACUUAACAAGCAGCGAUAUGCAAUUAGUUACUUCAAAUCAUCACCCCUAUUCUCACCAAUUAAUCUCAUUCUUAUUGCAAGGCAGUCGUAUGGAUUGUCAAAGACGCCGAAAUGGCUUGAAUCAUAUUGUU